AUGCAUUUUGAUUCCGUGGCUCAAAAGGAGCAGGAGAGGAACUUUAUGGUGUGGUUUCAAAGACUAUUACAGUCAGAACCGGAACAGACUGCCUGUCGACUCGCAGGAAAACAUCGGCCUGGAAAUGGACUUACAGCAGUUCGGUGGAAGACUGGCGGGUAUAAUGUUACCUAUCGCGUCACAUAUGAUGAUGGCUUCCAAGCCAUUGUUCGUUUCGCUGCAUUGGGUCAAUCGCUCUAUCGCACCGAGAAGGUUGAAAACGAGGCUAUCGUACUCCAGUACCUCCGUAAGCAUACCAAGAUUCCAGUUCCACGGCUAUUGGGCGUUGGAAAAAUUGCUCUUGCACCAUACAUUGUUGAAGAAUCCGUCGAGGGAGAUCUCGCUUCUGGUCCGUUUAUGACAUCCAGGACAGAGCUGCAGAAUUUAAAUCCCAACAUUAAGUGA